GUAGACGAUUCCCACCGGUCUUAAACCCUAGCGCCACUUGAACAAAACCAGCCUAGCAAAACCCUCGCUCGCUCUCUUCAGGUCUCCCCUUCCCCCAGCCUCUCAAGUAAUUACUGUUGCUUCUUCGAUUCCUGUGAAGAAGAAGCCCUAUAUCUACACAGGUUCUCAUAAUUAUCUAUCUAAAUCAGACUGCUUUUCAUGGCUUCGGCGCAAAUGAAGAAGAAUUACCGAUGCGUUCCGUCGCUGCAGCAGUUCUACAGCGGGGGGCCGUUCGUGGUGGCAUCCGACGGCGCUUUUAUUGCUUGUGCUUGUGGUGAAGCCAUCAAGAUCGUGGAUUCAGCCAAUGCGUCGAUAAGGGCGACUAUUGAAGGUGACACGGAGGCCAUUACGGCCUUGGCACUCAGCCCCGAUGAUAAAUUGCUGUUUUCUGCGGGCCACAGCAGGCAAAUUAGAGUCUGGGACAUGUCUACUAUGAAGAGCGUGCGCUCAUGGAAAGGCCACGAUGGUCCUGUAAUGGGCAUAGCUUGCCAUGGGUCUGGAGGCUUGCUGGCAACAGCAGGAGCUGAUAGAAAAGUCCUGGUUUGGGAUGUUGAUGGUGGCUUCUGCACACAUUACUUCAAAGGCCAUAAGGGGGUUGUGACAAGUAUUAUGUUCCAUCCUGAUACAAAUAAAAUGCUUCUUUUCUCCGGAAGUGAUGAUGCGACAGUACGAGUUUGGGAUCUUGUAGCCAAAAAGUGUGUAGCAACAUUAGAAAGACAUUUUUCAUCUGUGACCUCUUUGGCGGUAUCUGAAGAUGGAUGGACAUUACUCAGUGCUGGAAGAGAUAAGGUCGUGAAUUUGUGGGAUCUUCAUGGCUAUAUCUGCAAGAUGACAAUUCCAACUUAUGAGGUGAUGGAAGCUCUCUGUGUAAUUGAUUCUGGGACUCAGAUUUCUUCAUUUCUGGAUUCAUACGGUCAGCAGAUUGGAAAAGGCAGAAAUGGAUCAUCAGCAAUUUAUUUUGUCACUGUUGGUGAACGUGGGAUUGUAAGGAUAUGGAACUCUGAAUGUGCGGUUUGCAUUUAUGAACAAAAGUCCUCUGAUGUUACUGCCACCACCCCAGACACUGAUGAAGCAAAAAGAGGCUUCACGUCUGCUACUAUGCUUCCUUUAGAUCAAGGAUUGCUUUGUGUGACUGCAGAUCAGCAGUUUCUAUACUACCUACCAGUUAAACACCCCGAAGAGAAGUUCAAGAUAGAACUGAGCAAGAGGCUUAUUGGUUACAAUGAAGAGAUUUUAGAUAUGAGAUUUUUGGGUGAGGAGGAAAAAUUUCUUGCUGUUGCUACAAAUCUUGAACAGAUUCGAGUGUAUGACCUUGAAUCUAUGUCAUGCGCAUAUGUAUUGACAGGUCAUACUGAAAUUGUUUUGAGCCUUGACACCUGUGUAUCAACAUCUGGAAGGACACUUAUAGUUACAGGAAGUAAGGACAAUACUGUGAGGUUGUGGGAUACAGAAAGCCGAAACUGCAUUGGUGUUGGCACAGGUCACAUGGGAGGUGUAGGGGCUGUUGCAUUUUCAAAGAAGUGGAAGAAUUUCUUCGUUAGCGGCAGCAGUGAUCGCACCAUCAAGGUAUGGAAUUUCUUUGGUAUCUCAGAUGAUGUGGACCAGCCUGUUAAUUUGAAAGCAAAAGCAGUUGUUGCAGCGCAUGAUAAGGAUAUAAACUCUCUGGCUGUUGCGCCAAAUGAUAGUUUAGUUUGUAGUGGUUCUCAGGACCGAACUGCUUGUGUCUGGAGGCUUCCAGAUCUAGUAUCUGUAGUUGUACUUAAAGGGCAUAAAAGAGGAAUUUGGUCUGUAGAGUUCUCACCAGUGGAUCAAUGUGUCAUCACAGCAUCUGGUGAUAAAACUAUAAAGAUAUGGGCUAUAGCUGAUGGAUCUUGUUUAAAAACCUUUGAAGGGCACACAUCAAGUGUAUUGAGAGCAUCAUUUCUUACUCGUGGCACCCAAUUGGUUUCAUGUGGUGCUGAUGGUUUGGUAAAGCUAUGGACAGUAAAAACGAAUGAGUGCAUUGCCACGUAUGAUCAACAUGAAGACAAGGUUUGGGCCUUGGCAAUUGGGAAAAGGACAGAAAUGUUUGCAACCGGUGGCAGUGAUGUGGUUGUCAAUCUUUGGUAUGACUGCACUGCUGCUGAUAAAGAGGAAGCUUUUCGUAAAGAGGAGGAAGGAGUUUUAAAAGGCCAAGAAUUAGAAAAUGCUGUUUUAGAUGCUGACUACACGAAAGCUAUUCAAAUUGCAUUUGAACUUCACAGACCUCAUAAACUUUUUGAGUUAUUUGCUGAACUGUGCAGGUCCGCAAGGAUGUGGAAGAGGGCAGCUGACUGUCACAUGGAGAAAGCCCUACGUGCUAUUGGUAAGGAAGAAAUUCGGUUACUUUUCGAGUAUGCUCGUGAAUGGAAUACAAAGCCAAAGCUCUGUCAUGUUGCACAAAAUGUGCUCUUUCAAGUUUUCAAAAUCCUUCCUCCAACGGAGAUCCUUGAGAUAGGAGGAAUCGGAGAGCUUCUUGAAGGUCUUAUCCCAUACUCGCAGAGGCAUUUCAGCAGGAUAGACCGACUAGUGAGAAGCACUUUUUUGGUGGACUAUAUUCUGACAGGAAUGUCAGUUAUUGAGCCUAAUAUUCAAGCUGCAGAAACAAAGGAUGGAUCUCAUAUACCCUCCAACGAAACCGUGCUUUUAGCGGAACAUGCUGAAGAAGAGCAACAGCAGAGUCCUGAAGUGUUGAAAGAGAGGACUCGUUCGAAGAAACGGAAAUCAAAGCAAGCCAACAAAGCUAGAGAUAGUUCACAUAAGAAAGUGAAGGGUGAAGCUUACAAAAACUUAGCUGCAAUUCCAUUACAGGCAUAGAACAGUUCCAUUCCUGUAGCAUACUUCUUGAUUAUUUCUUAGAAUUGGCUAUUGAGUUCAUUGGAGAGGAUGCAAUUUUGACCAUGUAAUUGUAGAAAUUAUCAUCCAGUUUUUCCCUCCAAGGAGUAUUCUCCCAAUAGCUAUCACUUUGUAACUAAACAGUGUAUGCUUAAUUUUUGUUUGUAUAAGAGGGAUUUAGCAACUUCUAUUC